AGAAGAGUUUAUUCCUAACUUACGUUAGGGGCCAUAUCAUUGGGCUGGGCCCGAUUGGGCCUCCUCCUGGGCCGCAGAGUAGUAGGAGUCCGGAUAGGCUGCUGCAAACCCCCCAUAUAAUCUCCCCGCCCGGCUCCUCAAAACCCUCGACAAAAUUGGAAGACGAAACAAUUCCGAUCCGUCGCUUGAAUUCGCUGCAGCCGCCUUGCCCCAAGAUCAUUCAGCGUUGCAGGAAGGAAGACGAAGAGGAUCGAUGGCCGGGAAGGGAGGAAAGGGGCUGAUCGCGGCCAAGACGGCCGCCGCCGGCAAGGACAAGAAGCUCCCCAUCUCCCGAUCCUCGCGCGCUGGCCUGCAGUUUCCGGUUGGCCGUAUCCAUCGCCAGCUGAAACAGAGGGCCCAAUCAAGCGGCCGUGUGGGAGCAACCGCCGCCGUGUACGCGGCAGCAAUCCUGGAGUACCUGACCGCUGAGGUUCUUGAGCUGGCAGGGAACGCGAGCAAGGAUCUCAAGGUGAAGCGCAUCACGCCCCGCCACCUUCAGCUGGCGAUCCGCGGGGACGAGGAGCUGGACACCCUCAUCAAGGGCACCAUCGCCGGAGGCGGCGUGAUCCCCCACAUCCACAAGUCACUCAUCAACAAGUCCGUCAAGGAAUGAGAGCGGCAUUCUGUUAUCGAGGUGUGAUGUGUUGCGUUUGAUCAAACUGGUGUUUGUCUGCUGAAUACUGGUGUGGUUUCUGGUCUUUGAGUGUCUGCUGAAUGCAUUCUGGUCUUUGUGUGAUACCCACUGCUAGUUUAUGGAACUGAACUUAUCAGGCUUC